AUGCCUACCUCUUCAACUUCUUCCUUAGAGGCUUUGUUGAGGGAGUAUUUGGUUAAGAAUGAAACUAAGAAAAAUAGCUUGGAAGUUGUUGUGCAAAGUAUUCCUGCAUCUUUGAGGAAUAUAGAAUCCCAACUAGGCCAUUUAGCAAAUACUAUAAAUAGCAGACCCCCUGGUACCCUGCCUAGUAACACUAAGGAGCCUAGGAGAAAUAAUGAGCAAUGUCAUAUGAUAGAGCUCAGAAAUGGCAGAUCGGUGCAUCAGCCAGAAGCUGUGUCACCUAGAGCCCAAGACAGCCCUCAAGGGGCUGUAAAUAGUGAUCAUCUGCCUACUCUGGUCGAACCAGAAAUUCAGACUCAACCAGACCCGUCUUUAGGGACUAUUUCCAUGGAAAAGUCCAUUCCCAAGGGUCAAGCACCCAAGUCAAAUGUUGAGACACCAGCUGCCUCAAACAUACCCCCACCACCUUUUCCUCAAAGGUUACAAAAAAAGAAGCAAGAUAAUCAAUUUAGGAAAUUUUUAGACCUCCUAAAACAGUUGCAUGUCAAUAUUCCAUUUGUGGAUGCAUUAGAACAAAUGCCCACUUAUGUGAAAUUCAUGAAAGAAAUUCUUUCAAGAAAAAGGAGGCUAGAAGAAUUUGAGACUGUUGCUCUUACACAAGAGAGCAGUCAAAAUUUGCUUAGCAAGAUACCUCCUAAAUUAGGAGAUCCAGGAAAUUUUACAAUCUCAUGCACCAUAGGAGACCAUUACAUAGGCAGAGCAUUGUGUGAUUUAGGUGCUAGUAUCAAUUUAAUGCCUCUGAGUGUGUACAAAAAGCUAAAAGUAGGAGAGCCUAAUCCCACCACUGUCACUUUACAGUUGGCUGAUAGGUCCCUAGUUUAUCCUGAAGGGAAAGUAGAGAAUGUCUUGGUAAAGGUAGAUAAAUUCAUUCUACCUGCUGACUUUAUUAUUUUUGACUAUGAGGAAGACCGAGAGGUGCCUAUAAUUUUAGGAAGGGCUUUCUUAGCCACUGGUGGGGCUGUAAUAGAUGUUAAAGAAGGUGAAUUGGCCAUGAAUGUGAUGGUGAGCAAGUAA